UAACUACAAAGUCAGAUUCCAGAUUAGGCAGGCUAUAGUUUUUAUACCAAAAUCAGUCAUCAAGUAUCAUAAAAGAUCAGCCUCUAAACAAAAAAUAAUAAAUAAAUAAAUUCAACAUGUCAUUGGUAUAGUGGUCACAUCUGGAUUGUAUUUAUUUGUCGGACUUAUUCUUCUCCUUCAUCUCAAGUCAUGGCCAGUACCGAUGUUGGAAUUGGUGGUGGUGGUGGUGGUGGUGGUGGUGGUGAUGAGAAAUUCUGUAAGGAGUACUUGGUCCUGAAACCCGAAGAGGGAGGUUACCGAAAUCUGUUUCAUCUCCUGUAUUCCCCAAACGUAGAGCAUAGCAAAUUUGUGGAUUCCCCAGCAGGUACAGAGAUACAUGGCAUUAAACGCCGAUGGUUACUCGUUGUAUCUGUCACUUUACAGAAAAUACUACUCUCUUUGGGGAAGCCAAUGUUCUGGAUUGGUUUGGUUAUUGAAACUUUUCUCAACACCAAAAUAGUCGAAUUUUUUGUGAACCUCUUUCAAGGUAAGAUGCCAUUGCCUGAUAAAAAUUCCGCGACUUUUACGUCGUUUAUUGGUCACCUGGACUCCAGAGUGGACCUAGACAAGAAAAUCGAAGUUGGAAGCAGUAGAUAUCAUGGAGCUCUAUCAGCUAUGGCAGCUAAAUUGUCCUAUGAGAAUGAAGCUUCUGUGAAAACCGUAGUUAAUGAUCAUUGGAAGAUGAAGUUUCUGAAGUUCUAUGAUUUCUGGAAUGAUUAUCAAGGAAAAGCGACAACACAGGCCUUCAUGUUCCAAGAUAAAGAAGAAGAUCCUGAGUUAGUAGUGAUGGCAUUUCGUGGUACUGAGCCAUUUGAUGCAGACGCAUGGAUUACCGAUCUUGAUAUAUCUUGGUACGAUCUCUCAUGCUUGGGAAAAGUCCAUGGAGGAUUCAUGAAAGCUUUGGGGUUAGUAAAAGGUGAAGGAUGGCCGCAGAAGUUCAACCGAACAGGUUCAGACCAGCGUUUGCUUGCUUACUAUACUUUGAGAGACGAGCUACGAGAAAUACUUGGCAAAAACGAAAAUGCGAAAGUAAUUGUGACAGGACACAGCUUAGGAGGAGCACUGGCUAUACUUUUUCCGGCGGUGUUAGCGUUCCACAAAGAAGAUGAUUGGAUGUUAAAGAGGUUUGAAGGUGUAUAUACAUUUGGACAACCAAGAGUUGGAGAUGAGAAACUUGGGGAAUACAUGAAAGAACAGCUUAGGAUAAAUGAUAUUAAGUACUUUAGGUACGUUUAUUGCAAUGACAUGGUCCCUAGAGUUCCUUAUGAUGAUAAAAGUCUGUUGUUUAAGCACUUCGGAACGUGCCUCUACUUCAACAGUCGCUACGAAGGAAAGGUGGUGGAUGAAGAACCAAACAAGAAUUACUUCAAUAUUUUCAGAGCUAUACCGAAGAUGUUAAAUGCAGUCUAUGAGCUGUUUCGAAGCUUCUUUAUUGGAUACUGGAGGGGGACUGAGUAUUCUGAAGGGUGGUUCUUGAUAUUGUUUAGGGUUGUUGGUGUGAUGAUUCCAGGAUUAUCAGCUCAUUGUCCUCGAGAUUAUGUUAAUAUCACACGAAUAGGUUCCUUAACUCAACCUUUACAUCUCCAAGACCUAGCUGGUGAAAGUCUUAAAUUGGAUUAAUUGACUAAGAUACAUUGAACAUUUACCAUUCUUCAAGUAAUUAUCUGCACUUAUUCUUCUUUUCAAGGUUUCUGUUUGAAAUGUUACUUGGCAAGCACUAAGUUGUUGGUUGUACGUCUAUUGCUAACUAAAAGCAUUGUUUGUAGGUCAUUUUAGGAAUGCCGUGUUCUAUCUAAAAAUGCCUUUUUUUUA